AUGAAGCGCGCGGCGCGACCCGGCGAGGCCAGCGACAGCGACGACAGCGACGACGAGGACGCCGCGGAGCGCCGCGCCCUCGCCGAGAGCCGCGCCGGCGGCGGCGCGCGCGCGCAGCUCGCGUCGGCGCGCGCGACGGCGGCGAGCGACCGCGCGGGCCUCGAGCGCGCGGCGAAGACGAUCCUGCCCGGCGGCGCGCCCUGGCUCGAGACGCUCGUGCUCACGGCGCCGGAGCCGCUCUCCGCGGCGACGGACGACGACCUCGAGCGCGAGGUCGCGUUCUACAACAUGGCGCUCGGCCUCGUCCGCGAGGGCCGCGACAAGCUCCGGGCGCUCGGCGAGCCCUACAAGCGGCCCAAGGACUUCUUCUGCGAGAUGACCAAGAGCGACGGCCACAUGGCCAAAGUCAAGGAGAACCUGCUCUUCCAGCAGAAGAAGAUGGACGCGUUCGAGCAGCGGAAGCGGCGCCAGGCCGAGGUCAAGUACGCCAAGGCCCUCCAGGCCGAGAAGGUCGCGGAGAAGAGCGCGAAGAAGAAGGCCGAGCUCCGCGAGGUCGAGGACUGGCGCAAGGAGGCGAAGCAGCGCCGCGGCGGCGGCCUCGCGGACGGCGACGGCGACGACGGCCCGCCCCGGCCGGGCAAGAGCGGCAAGCAGAAGAACAAGGACAAGAAGUGGGGCUACGGCGGCGUCCAGAAGGGCAAGAAGAAGAGCGACGCGCGGUCCAUCGACGACAUGAAGAGUUUCAACCCCCAGCGCGGCAAGGCCGGGGGCAAGAAGCGCAAGGGCGGCGGCGCCAAGGGCGGCGGCGCCAAGAAGCCGCGUAAAUAG